AAUAAAAAUUUGUAAUUAACACUAAAACAAACAAAAUCAUCUCCCAGGCUCCCUUUCAUAUGUGCUAAAGCUAUAAACUUUGGGUCAACCUUAAAUUUUGCAUAUAAUACUUCGUGUUCGGCGCGUGUAAAUAACGCAUCAAUGGCUUCCCACCUGCUGAGGCGCGUCCUCGGAACCCGCUCCAACCAGAUCAUCUCCUCGACCAGCCCGGCAUCACCGCUUACGGCCGCGGCUAGGCUUUUAUCGUCGGCUACAGCUCCGAUCACGGUCACCCUUUUCCCCGGCGACGGUAUUGGGCCCGAGAUAGCGGAGUCCGUCAAACAGGUGUUUAGAGAAGCUGAAGUACCGAUUGUAUGGGAAGAACAUUAUGUUGGAACGGAAAUUGAUCCAAAAACACAGAGCUUUUUAACGUGGGAAAGUUUGGAAUCAGUGCGUCGAAACAAGGUCGGGUUGAAAGGUCCAAUGGCUACACCAAUUGGGAAAGGCCAUCGUUCUUUGAAUCUUACUUUAAGGAAAGAGCUUAACUUGUUUGCCAAUGUUAGACCUUGCUACAGUCUGCCUGGCUAUAAGACUCGUUAUGAUGAUGUUGAUCUCAUCACCAUACGUGAAAACACUGAGGGAGAGUACAGUGGACUUGAGCAUCAAGUCGUGAGAGGGGUUGUUGAAAGUCUUAAGAUCAUUACGCGUCAGGCGAGUCUUAGGGUAGCUGAGUACGCUUUUCAUUAUGCUAAGGCGCAUGGGAGAGAGAGGGUAUCUGCAAUUCACAAAGCAAAUAUUAUGCAGAAAACUGAUGGUCUUUUUCUCAAGUGUUGCCGUGAAGUGGCAGAGAAGUAUCCAGAGAUUCGAUAUGAGGAAGUUGUCAUUGACAAUUGCUGCAUGAUGCUUGUGAAGAAUCCUGCUCUUUUUGAUGUGUUGGUGAUGCCAAAUCUUUAUGGUGACAUUAUUAGUGACCUCUGCGCGGGUUUGAUUGGCGGACUGGGCUUAACUCCCAGCUGCAAUAUUGGUGAGGGAGGUAUUGCCCUAGCUGAAGCUGUGCAUGGUUCAGCACCUGAUAUUGCUGGAAAGAAUCUGGCAAACCCAACUGCUUUGCUGUUAAGUUCUGUCUCUAUGCUCCGUCAUUUGGAACUCCAUGAUAAAGCAGAUCGAAUCCAAGAUGCCAUUCUCAACACAAUUGCUGAGGGAAAAUUCCGAACAGCCGAUUUAGGUGGAAAUUCAUCUACUACUGACUUCACAAAGGCAAUAUGUAAUCAUCUUUGAAAGGAAGGUAUUGCGUAUGUAAUCAGCUCGUCUUUGAGUCAAUUUAUUUUCGACAUUUUUCCAGUUUUUCUUAAAGAGAAAUAAGACCACACAACAGAUGAUCUGGGCUAGAAAGAGAUUUUUAUCGCGUUGAAAGCUUGGAGGGCAUGGAUGAAAUAUUGGAUGAUUGACUUAUAUGCCUUUCUUCUUCACCGUCUCAAAAUGAACUAUUGGUGACCUUUGAAUAUUGCUAUUCUUUGUCCAUAUAGAUUUACGAAAUAAAUGCGUAAUGAUGUGAGACUCUAAUUUAACUUAUACAAUUUUUUUUUCCAAGGAUGAAAGGUCAUAUUUUAUAGUC